UAAUGGGAAAGGGAAAACAUUUAUGGAAGGCUUUUAUCUGAACCUUGAGCGUUUUGUUGUUUUACAAAACGGAAUCAUUUAAUUUCGCUAUGGUUUUGCUAAGUGCUUGGUUAAUCUUUAUUUCAAAUUUUCUAACAAAAACAGACUGUUUUGACGCGUUUACUGUCAGCGAGAAGGUCUUGGUGAGUUCUGCUAAGGCUUCGUGGCUCUUAACCUCGCUUGAGUGGUACCAUUGCCUCCUCGCCUGCCAAGAAAAUCCUCUCUGCGUUUCGUACAACUAUCGGGGAGAAAAACAAGAAUGCGAGCUCAGCACUGAAGGCCUUCUAGCUCAAUGUGAUAAAGACAAAGUUUUACACUUUGAGAGAGGAGCGAUAUUCAAUCAGAUUCGGCUUUUUGUUUCCAAGAUUGACGAAAAACGAGGUGCUAUUAAAGAAACGCAUUGCAAAACCGAGUCUUCUUCUAACGUGACCAAUAGCACGGCCGAAGGAACGAAUAGCACGACUGGAGGGGCAAAUAGCACGACUAGAGGGACGAAUAGCACGACAGGAGGGACGAAUAGCACGACUAGAGGGACGAAUAGCACGACAGGAGGGACGAAUAGCACGAUUGAAGGGACGAAUAGCACGACUGCAGGGACGAAUAGUACGACUAGAGGGACGAAUAGCACGACUGCAGGGACGAAUAGCACGACAGGAGGGACAAAUAGCACGACUGGAGAGACGAAUAGCGCGACUGAAGGGACGAAUAGCACUACUAGAGGGACGAAUAGCACAACAGGAGGGACAAAUAGCACGACUGGAGAGACGAAUAGCGCGACUGAAGGGACGAAUAGUACGACUGGAGGGACGAAUAGCACGACUGCAGGGACGAAUAGCACGACAGGAGGGACAAAUAGCACGACUGGAGAGACGAAUAGCGCGACUGAAGGGACGAAUAGCACGACUAGAGAGACGAAUAGCACGACAGGAGGGACGAAUAGCACGACAGGAGGGACAAAUAGCACGACUGGAGAGACGAAUAGCGCGACUGAAGGGACGAAUAGCACUACUAGAGGGACGAAUAGCACGACAGGAGGGACAAAUAGCACGACUGGAGAGACGAAUAGCGCGACUGAAGGGACAAAUAGCACGACUGGAGAGACGAAUAGCGCGACUGAAGGGACGAAUAGUACGACUGGAGGGACCAAUAGCACGACAGGAGGGACAAAUAGCGCGACUGAAGGAACGAAUAGCACGACUGGAGGGACGAAUAGCACGACUGGAGGGACGAAUAGCACGACUGGGGGGUUGAAUAGCACGACUGGAGGGACGAAUAGCACGACUGGAGGGACGAAUAGCACGGCCGAAGGGACGAAUAGUACGACUGGAGGGACGAAUAAUACUGCUGGAGGUACGAAUAAUAAGACUGGAAGGACGAAUAAUACGACUGGAGGGUUGAAUGGCACGACUGAAGGAAAGAAUAGCUCGACUGGAUGGACGAGUAAUACGGUCGGAGGGACGAAAAGCACGACUGGAGGGACGAGAGGGGAGCGAUAUUCAACCAGAUCCGGGCCUUUUAUUUAAAGAUUAAUGAAAAACAUGGCGCUACACAAGAAAUAAAUGGCACGGCCCAAAAGACUAAUAACACGACCGAGAUAACGAAUGGCACGACAGACAUGACAAAUAACACGACCGAAAUGACGAAUAACACGACCGAGAUAACGACUAGCACGACAGACAUGACGGGUAACACGACCGAAAUGACAAAUAGAACGACCGAUAUGACGGAUAACACGACAGACGUAACGAAUAGCACGACAGACAUGACGAAUAGCUCAAUCGAAAUGACGAAUAGCACGACUGAUGUAACGGAUAACACGACCGAAAUGACGAAUAGCACGACUGAUGUAACGGAUAACACGACCGAAAUGACUAAUAGCACAACCGUCACGACGGAUGGCACGACUGUUUUGACGAGAGAUAUUACGACCAAAGAGACAAAUGAAACGACGAACAACACGACCGAAAUGACAAAUAGCACAACCGUCACGAAGGAUUGCGAGACAGUUAUGACGAGAAAUAUUACGACCAAAUAGAUGAGACGACUGAAAUGACGAACAUAACGGCCGAAAUGACGAAUAGUACGACCAAAAAGAUGAAUAACACGACCGAAAUGACGAAUAACAGGACCAAUAUGACGAAUAGCACGGCCGGAGGGGCCGAAUGACACGACUGAGAUGACGAAUAACAUGACUGAAAAAAUGAAUGCUACCACCGAAGGAAAUAAUGGCACUACCAAAAACACGACCGAUAGUGUGCCGGAGAGCAUGGAAUCA